GACAUAACCAGCACAGUGAAGCUUCCAUUGUCAGAAGGUUUAGGACUGAAUCAUUCAAACUUUCCCGAGAGGGAAGCAGACUAUUUUACGAAAGAAAGGCGCAGAACAAGCCAGGAAAGUGUUGAUAAUAAAACCAUGGGAAACAGCAGUCGGUUCCUAUUCUUUGAACCAGAUAGGGAGGCUGAUCCUUGGUACAAUUAUGUCAAAGACAUUUUGGAGCUCUCAGGUUUCACACGAGAUGAUGGACGCCAAAUAUGGUUCUCACCGGACCAACCAUUGGACCCAUCAAUGUUCAAGGAAUUGGAGAAUCUAUUGCACCCUGAACUGGAAUCCACCAUUGAUGAAGUUGGAAGCAACUGUGAUCACCGACUGGUUUUCAAUCUCGUUGACGAGGAGUUACUUGAGAUCGGUGAGAAAUCAUCGGUGUAUUUCCCCAAGCCCUUCUCUUUCAACACUGGAAUUAGCUUGAAGCUCAAGCGAAACAAUAUUGUUGAAGAAGUGUGGAACAAAGUUAGCAAAAACCUGGCCUCGCAACCAGAACAUGACCUGUCAUUGGAUGAUAUUGUAGCCGGAGAUUUGGGCAGAAACGCCUGGAUGAGCCUUCAAGCCGAAUCAGAAGUGGUGGCACUUGAGCUAGAAGAUUUAAUUUUUGAUGAGCUUUUGGAUGAAGUUGUUUGUUUUGAAAGUCAUUUAGGCCAAAAUUACCGUUUCCCUUUUUUCAACAGUACAUGA